CGCCCCUUCCACCUCACGGAUACCCCCCUCCGCCCGCCUGGCCCCAAGGCCGGGAGCGAGGAUUCCCUCUGUGAUUGCUGGCGUGUCGGCUGGAGCGCUCCUCUCUCGGCGCUUGGACGGCCGCCCCGGAGAGCCAGGCUGCCCGGAAGCCUGUGAGGCGGUGUUGGGAGAGAGCGAAACCUCUGCUAACGGCGGAGCUCGGGGAGGCUCUGCGGGCUUGGUGUUACCCUGGCUGGUCUUUAAGGAAACAACAGCAAACUUAAGCAGUCAGACUUUGAGCAAGCGGGGACGUCAUUAGUGCAUUUUCAGCACGUUGGUUAUGUAAAAGUUCCCGGCACCAUCCUGCAUGCAUGGAACGGCGUCGUUUAUUCAUCGCUUGGCUCUUCUGAAAAUAUGUUUUUCUUCUUGUUGUUCCCAGAAUUCGUCCUUAAAAAACAAAACAAAACCCCCACAAAACAAAAAACAAGCAAACAACCCACAAAAAACACCAACAACCAGGAACACUAAAACCACAUGGCCUGGGGCGUUAUUUAGAAGGAAAACUGCUUAAAUUGUCAAUGUUACAGCUAAUUAAAAAGACCAUCUUACAAGUGAAAAAAACCCCGGUGGCUUCAAUUAAAAUCUGUUUAUGUAAUUACCCUUUAAAAAUAUUAAUUGUAUUUUGCUAUUUUUUUAAGGUAUUUUAAUUCUGUAAUAAUAUGGUUAUCCUCCUACAUCCCAGAUGAUGAACCCAACAGAUACCUGCAGUAAAGCAGGGGUGCAGAAAACAGGAUAUCACAAGAGCCAAUUAGAAAAACUAUGUACUUAAUAUAUCUAAUUUGGUUCACAAUAAGUAGAUGACUGUGACUGAGGAUCCUGAGCAGCCUGUCCUUGACUUGACACAAGCCUUGCCGAAGCUGAUGCCAUGAUAGCUGCUUUCCUUUCAGGCUAAAGGAGGGAAGAAGCGAGUAACCUGGAUGUCAGCCUAACUUAAGAACUACUAACUAGAAGAAAAAAAAAAAAGAUACGUUUAGGAAACUUCCAGAGAUGAAAAUAGCAAAGACCAUGUUUUGGGAAAAUACAUGGAAUGAGGUGUGUAAUUUGUUCUGACUCUUGCCAUUCCUCCCAAGGUGUUGCUGAAGUCAGAGUGUGUUACUGUGCAGCUCUGAGGAAGGUGGUGGAAAAAUAAGAAACAAAAUGAAACCUUUCCAAAGGAUCUGUCUGUUCAAGAGCCUGCUUGCCAAUUGCUACUGUCACAGUCAAUUUCCCAGCUGUCUUUUCCCUCCUGUUGCAAAGAAGAUAGGGUGUGUGGUGGGACUGCACAACCAUGGAUUUUGGAGGCCAAAGUCUUUAUUGGACACAGCUAGAUUCACUCUGUCUUUUAACAGUUGGCAUAGGGAAAUCCAUCAGGAUUCUCAAGCUUUGUGGAAGCAUGAGGCUGUGCAGAAGUAUCUGGAGACUUUAAGCAAGGAAUACCAGCAGGUUAGUCAUCUGUUAAAUGCAGACGCAUUAAAUGACUUUGAGCAAAGAACCCUGAGGAGAAGAUGUGCCGAUCUGUCCCCCAUUGCAGCUGCAUUUCAAGAAAUCAAAGAGGCUGAAAAAGAAGUUCAGGAGUUAGAAGCUAUGUGCAGAGAGCUAGACAGGAGAGAUGAGAAACAACUUCUAGAGCUUGCCUUAGAAGAGAAGGAAACUCUGGAUGAAAAAAUGAACCUGUUGUGCAGAAAGCUUUUCCAGCUUCUAGUGCCAAAGGAAAAAUACGAUAGAAGUCCUGUUGUAUUGGAAGUGACAGCUGGCAGAACAACCGGAGGAGACAUCUGCCAGCAGUUCACUAAAGAAAUGUUUGAGAUGUACCAGAACUAUGCAGACUACAAACGUUGGACCUUUGACAUUGUGAACUAUACACCAGCUGAGAUAGGAGGGUUGCAUCAUGCUGCUGCUCAUAUUUCAGGAGAGGAUGUCUACAGGCAUCUGAAAUAUGAAGGAGGGACUCAUCGAGUCCAGCGAAUCCCUGAGACAGGCAUGUCAUCAAGAAUGCAGCGUAUUCACACUGGGACAAUGUCAGUUAUUGUCCUCCCUCAGCCAGAGGAGGUUGAUGUUAAAGUGGAUCCCAAAGAUUUGCGUAUAGAUACAUUCAGGGCCAAAGGAGCAGGAGGGCAACACGUUAACAAAACUGAUAGUGCUGUGAGAAUUGUACACCUUCCCACAGGACUGGCAGUGGAGUGCCAGCAGGAGCGGUCACAGCAGCUGAACAAGGAAAUAGCUCUGCGGACACUGAGAGCUAAGCUGUACCAGCAGAUAAUUGAAAAACAACUAAGUCAAGAGCAGAGCGCCAGAAAACUGCAGCUGGGAACAAGAGCCCAGUCAGAGAGAAUUCGUACUUAUAACUUCACCCAGGACAGAGUCACUGACCACAGGAUCUCAUAUGAGGCACGCAAUAUCAAGGAAAUUCUGUGUGGGAAAGAAGCACUGGAUAAGCUAAUCAACAGACUACUGGAGUUUGCAGAGAUCGAGGCUGUCACCGAAUAUCUAGAAAAUCUGCAGGCUUCUGAAGGCGGAGGCUGCUGACAACGAUGUGUAGAGUUAAACCAAAAAUGUCGUAUUCAGUAGCAAAAUAAAACAGGUGUGUUUGUUGGAUGAUAGGUUGAUUAAAAUCUAUUCCUCUGUUUUUCAA